UUUCAGUGCGUCCUUAUCUCAUCCAGCUCAUCCUACUCAUUUAAAUUCAUAUCCUACUCAUUUAUAUUUAUAUCCUACUCAUUUAUAUUUAUAUCCUAGUCAUUUCUGUUCUCAUCCUUAAUUAUCCUAAUCGUCAUACUCUUUUUAACCAUCAAAUCCGUUCUUAUUUAUUUAAUAUCUUUUCCUUCAUAUUGCUUAAAACCCCUUUCUUUAAAUAAUCAGUUACCCUCCUAUGGGUGCACAAAAAAGUGUUAUUUUCUUUAUUUUACAUCUAAGCGUGUCAUGGAUUUUAAGGAAAGCUGAGCAGAGCUAACGAAGAGCUGAGAGAGAACUAAACCCAACCUUGACCUUCCAGUUCCAGCCCCAGUAUGGAUACAAGGAUCAGUUCCAGGACUAGCAUGGAUACUGGGAUAAAAUCAGUUUUGGGAAUAAUAUUACUUCAUCUAGUUUCUAAGGUGUCUGGUGUCUGCUAUGACCAAAGUCCGUUCUACUUCUUGUCCCUGCCAAGCGUGGAGUCCCUCUACGAUGAUAUGGGGAACAUGCUCUCAAAUAAGGUUAGGGUUCACUGGGGUCAACUGCAUAAUUUCAAGUGUGUAGACUACUUUCAGGUUGAAUACUUCCAGAAAUUAAACCCUGCCACUACAGUUCUUCAUACAGCUAGAAUAGAUAGGUUUAGAAGAUCAUUUGAUAUUGAUGUUGAACCCUGCACUGAAUACACUUUUAAGAUUGCAGCUUCAGAGGAUUAUCAAGGUAGACGGGAUGAUUUCAAGGCUUUCUCCGGUCUUGUUUCUUACAAGUUAGAUUAUACACCUAGGUUUACAUCACUUCCUUCAGUGAAGGAGUUGAAGAUCAGAUCUGACAAACGAGGAGGACGAAGAGGACAAAGAUCUCCGUAUCCUCAACGAGGUCGACAAAACGACCAAGAGGAGGACGGAGAGGAGGAGGAGGUCAAGGAACCUGUUAUGCUCCGGGUUAGCUGGAGGAUACAGCAGAUUGAUUAUCCGACCUGUUUGGACUACUUUAUCCUGGACUACUAUGAUAUCACCUACAACGAGAGCACCUUCUCUAAAACGAUUAACAGACCGUUCACUUCAGUUAUUCAAGUUGAUAUUCAUAGUGACACAGUACCGUGUGAUCAAGAAUUCAGGCAUAUUUUGCGAGUUUACGGGUUGACCGGAGCAGAGACAACAACAGAAUGGACUCCACCCAGCUGUGUGCUGACCACUCCAGCUCCGACAACCACCUCCAGUCCAGACUCUGUUGCCGGGUUGGGUCAAGCGGAUACACUUGAAGGUCUGCUGGAGGAGAAUGAUCAGCUGAAAGCUAAAAUUGACGGAUUACAGGAAGAGUACUCUAAGAUAGGGCUGGAGGUAUUUAAAGCCUUUACAGAGGAUUUCUUCAAGGGAUUGGAGGGAGCAGUGGAAGGACGGCAUGAGAAGAAUAAGAACAUGACGGAUACAGAUUAUUAAUCCAGAAGAUAAUCCUUUCAAUCUUCCACAGCUAUAAACCUGUACAGUACACAUUGAGGAAGAGACACCAAAGCCCGAAAUUUAAAAGAGUAUCGUUGAACGAAACUCCCGGGUUUC